AUGCGACGGGCGGUGCUCGAGCGCUUCGGCCGCGUCGACGCGGGGCAAACGCGCGCGAUCGAUGCGCUCGUCAGGGCGCUGACGAGUGAUCCCGCGGAUGGGCGCGGGGUGUACCUACACGGCGCCGCGGGACGCGGAAAGACAGCGCUCGCGGGCUGCGCGCUCCAGACGCUCGGACGAGAAAAACGAGCGAAAUCGUGGCAUUUCCACGCGCUCAUGGCGCACGCGCACGCGGGUACGUCCCGAGAGGGUUACUCGAGCGAUGGCUUCGCCGCGUUCGGCGCACGGUUGGCGAAAGAGAGCGAUGGGGUGAUUUUGGUGGACGAGGUGGAGAUUUCAGACGUCGCGGACGCGAUGGUAUUUAAGCGCGUAAUGGAGGGAUACUUCGCGAGCGGUGGGCGGAUGAUAGGGACGUCAAACUUUGCACCUGAGCGGUUGUACGCCGGGGGGAUUAAUCGAGCGAAUUUCGCGUCGUUCGUGGAGACGUUGCGAGAGCGCUGCGAGGUUGUCGAUUUGGAUGCUGAGUGUGAGGCGGUGGAUUACAGACGCCUGAACGGCGUCACGGCGCCGGAAGUUGCGGACACGGUCGUUGUGGGGAACGACAACGACGCGCGCGCGCGAUUGGAGCGCACGUGGGCGAGAUUUGAGGCGUCGACGUCCGGCGACUCCGUGUCGGACGAGCUGGACAUCCGUGUCGCCGCCGGUAGGACGAUUCGUGCGAAACGCCGUAUCGGUGAUCGCGCGGCGUGGUUCACGUUCGAUGAUAUCUGUGGACGACAGUCUCGCGCGGCGCCGAGCGAUUACAUCGCACUCGCGGAGAAGUUUGCGAUGAUUUGUGUCCAAAAUGUGCCUCGAUUGCCGAUGUCGAGUCAGGAGAACGCCGCUCGCCGCUUCAUCAACCUGAUCGACGUCUUGUACGAGCGUCGCGUUGUGUUCAUCGCAAAUCUCGCGACGGUACCGGAUGAACUCUUCAACGAGUACGAAACUUCCUCGUUUCGAGUGCCGGAUCUGUCGACACGCGAGCGCACACGUGUCGAGAGCAAUUUCGCCGCCGAACUCUCGGUGAGCUCCAAAGGCGGAUCCUCCGGUCGAUCCACCACCGUUCUCGCGAACAAUACUGAAUGGAGCGCCACUGGACGCAUAGGUGCAUCACUCGCAGACGCCUCCGCGAGUAACUUCACCGCCGCCGCUGCGCCUCGAGCGAAAUCGAGGCUCGUGCACAUGUCCAAGGCGGAUUAUUUCCGAGACACGUUGCCCAUCCUAGCCACCGCGAACGUCUCUCGACACUAG